CCUUUAUAUUUUCAGUGUCUGAUCAACCCAGCCAGAUUUAUGACUGUGUCCUAUAAUGGCAUCUGUAAAAUUAGAGAAAGAGUCUCCGGCAAGUGUUCAAAGGUCAAAGCUACUCACUUUCAAGGAAGCUAUCAGAAAUUUGUUACAGUUAACAAGAUCAUGCCGCACACCUCUAGGUAAAACGAAAAUUUUACAGAACACAAGUGGAGGUAGUAUGACCUUGACCUCAUCUUCGAAGAGAUUGCUCCAGAGUUUGUCAGUGAGGAAGCCAAUCAUUCAACUGCUUGUUUUUGCCACUCAGGGUCACCUGAGUGCUUACAGUGAUGGUGGUCUAUUUCUUGCUUCUUUAGCAUCAGAUCUUGUUCUCAGAUCUGUAGAUUCAAAUCAGAAUGCAAAAAUAUUGGCCGAGGUUUAUGAAACAUUUUUGACCUUAUCUCUAGAAUAUUUAAACAGUGAUGUCUGUGCAUUUAAAUAUAAAGCCAUGAUGUCGGAUAUUAAAUUUAUGAAAUCAUUUGUGAAAAGUGUAUUGGGAACAAAGUCAUUGUGCCAAUGGGACAAAUCAAAACUUGGGCACAUAUCAAAUAUUGUUUUGGAAACUUUCCUUCAGUGUCUCUCUGAUGACAGUCAGAGUAUGCAUGCAUCUGAUAAUGUCUUUGUGAUGGCAACUUUAGGUCUAGAUAUGUUAGAAAGCAAAAGUAUUUGUGGACUUUUAUUGCCAGCACCAGAACUGUCAAAGUUCAAGGUGAAACCUUUAAAGCCAAAACUGUUUGUUCAGGCCAAAGGCAGGACUAUAAAAGUGGCCUUAAUAACAACUUCUUUAUCAGGUGAUUUAGAUGAACUAUCUGGUGUAAAAUACGAAGUUAGUCAAGAUAUUUCAGUGGAUACGGAAAUUCUGGAAGGGUUAUCGGGUUUUUGUGAUUCCAUAGUCCAGUCUAAUGUUGGACUGGUUCUCUGUCAGAAAGUGAUACAUCCAAAAUUGAAGCUCAUUCUGAGAAAAUCUGGAGUAAUUGUGAUAGAUAGGAUUGGGCUACAGCUGGUGAAAUAUAUAGUUAAAUUAACAGAUUGUGUACCGAUCCAGAGUCUGGCUAAUUCUACAUCAGAGAACUCCUUUGGACAUAUAGAUGAUGUCCAACAUAAAAUUGUAAAUAAAAUGAGCUAUCUACACUUGACAAGGGCAGACAACCCUGUAUCAACACUUAUAUUGUAUCACUGCCAGGAUCAACCCCUGCAAGAGCUUAAGGAUGUAUGUAUUACCAGUCUAGACAGUUUCCAGCAUCUUCUGUAUACCCCUGCAGUACUGGCUGGUGGUGGAUGCUGGCAAGUGGGUUUGUCAAACUAUUUAAGAAAUAAGAUUGAGAAUGAGAAAAGAAAGUUAUCGGAGGAUCUAGAAUGUCCAGCCAGCACUAUACAGCAAGCAUGCACAUUGUUCAGACAGGCUUUAAUAACAGCAGCUCUGGGAGAAGUUCAUAGCUAUAGUGUAAGCAGACAUAGUGGUCAUGUGUUCAGCAAUGAUGAUGUCAUAGGUGAUGAUGAUAGUGAUGAUAAUGAUGGUGGUGGUGACAGAUACUGCUUGUGUGGUAUCUACAAAGCUAGAAAAGAUGAAGAACUGAUCAGAUUAAGAGAAGAUGAAGACAUGUGUGUGAAAACAGAAGCUGGAAAAUUGCCUGUAGGAGAUGCUAUAGAGAAAUAUGAUAGUGUUGUCAUGGAUAGUUUUAGCAUGUGUGUGAACGCAUUACAGACGUCUGUGUUGACUGCAUGUUCUGUGCUGAAGAUUGGCCAAGUUGUUGAAAAUUUGUGAUGAGAAUAAUUUGUUGUUUUUAUUAGCAAAUUUAUUUGUCUUUCAUCUGCAUAUUAUUUUAUUGAAUAUUGGCUGGGCUGCUGGGAAUAUUUAAUGGUAAUUUAUUUUUAAAGACCUAAGUAGUAACUGAAUUAAAUUGUCUAA